AACACUCAUUCUCGAUUCUCUUGGACAAAAUAAUUACCCAAAAAACAAACCGAGCCAUGGCUAGUUGUGCAAAAUCUUUUACUUCCCUGCUUUCGAUCUUUUUCCUUUUCUUAGCUUCUUCCUGCACUUGUGGUGCCACUAAAGCAUACAGCUAUCCUCCUAUAGUAGACGGUCUUUCAUGGACAUUUUACAAGUCUACCUGCCCUAAACUUGAAUCAAUCAUCAGAAAGCAACUCGAGCGAGUCUUCAAGCAUGACAUUGGCCAAGCUGCUGGCUUGCUUCGUCUCCACUUUCAUGACUGCUUUGUUCAGGGAUGUGACGGAUCAGUGUUGCUUGAUGGAUCGGCAAGCGGACCAAGCGAACAGGAAGCGCCGCCCAAUCUGAGCUUGCGGCAACAGGCAUUUAAGAUCAUCGACGACCUGCGCCAGCGGGUGCAUGAGGAGUGCGGCCGUAUCGUCUCUUGUUCUGAUAUAGUCGCUAUUGCCGCUCGCGAUUCUGUUGCCCUGUCAGGUGGCCCUGAUUAUGAUAUUCCACUGGGAAGACGAGAUGGACUAACCUUCGCAACGCGAAAUGCAACCUUGGCUAACCUGCCAGCACCCAGUUCUAACACUAGCACACUCCUCACUUCCCUAGCCACCAAGAACCUGAAUGCCACCGACGUUGUAGCCCUAUCCGGCGGCCAUACAAUCGGUAUUAGCCAUUGUACCUCUUUCGAAGACCGAUUGUAUCCAACCCAAGAUCCUACAAUGGACAAAACUUUUGCUAGUGACCUCAAGGGAACUUGCCCUACAUCAAACUACACUAAUACUACAGUGUUGGAUAUUAGAUCCCCUGAUAGGUUUGACAACAAGUAUUAUGUUGAUCUCAUGAAUCGCCAAGGUUUGUUUACCUCGGAUCAAGAUUUGUACACGGACACAAGGACAAGGGACAUUGUUAAAAGCUUUGCUGUUAAUCAAUCCCUGUUCUUUGAAAAGUUCGUGUUUUCAAUGAUCAAGAUGGGGCAGUUGAGUGUGUUGACAGGUACACAAGGGGAAGUUCGUGCCAAUUGUUCGGUGAGGAAUUCGGACAAUACAUACUUGGUUACUGUGGUGGAAGAGGAUCUGGAGACGUUGUCCGAAUUGAGAUGAAGUACUUGUGCUGUAAUUGCUGAAAAAUAAUAACUAAACCCGAGUGAAUGGGCUGUAUCAGAAUUGUAGCUGGGAUUUCCUGUUUUUCUCACCUGUUUGUGUUACUACUUGUUUGAAGUAACCAAACAAGAAAAAGUUGCUUGUCCUAAUAUAAUAUUGACCUAUUUCUGGACGGUAUAUUUUUUAUUAUAAGGUUAGAAACUCGGUUGAUCUUAAUGUACCAGCUCAGGCGUUCAUGUAAAGAAUGGAUUGUGCAUCA